UUGAGGACUUCCGGGAAAUAUUAGAGCGGGUGUGACAGGAAACACUCGCUUCAAUGGUCGCUCCAGGAGAAAUGCUCCUUUGGCCCCACUGAAGAGCCGAUCGGUCGCCUGCAGCUGGUUGCCUCACGCUUCUUUAUCAAACCGGCACUUUCAGUGGUUUUCUGCUUCGCCAGCAUCUGUCAUCCAGAGCAGUCCAGACCCGGGGGCCCUCUUGACCCCACCGCUCUGUCGAACAUGAGGACGCUUGACUCUCGGCUGUGGAGCCCAGGCCGGUGGCCCCCCUUAGACCUUGUCCCUGCCUCUCAAAAUGUCAUCUCAAAUGCUGAGUGUUUUGAUGGACAGGAUUUUAUGUGAGAAUCUGACGUUAAGUCAGCAAAGACAAAAAGGUGUCCUCAUAGCAGAACACAGAGGCUGUGCCUGCCUCUGUCCCACGAAAGGUGUGUCCUAUCACGUUACCCAAUGAAUAAUGAACGGCGCUCAGUUGGCGAUGGGAUCCACCCGCGUGAACUCCGCACGAAACCGAGAACUUCAUUCAAGUCGCUGGCCUGUGUUAUGACCACAGACCCGGAGGCCCGUCUUCCCUCAGAGCACUCUCGCGCUUAGGGCGAAGUGUACGUGCCUUGAUAUUGGCUUUGCAAUGUCCCUCAGAGCCAAAUCUCACACGGACCUGCAGGCGGCUGGGAAGUCCCCGCUGGACGACAGCUUGUGCACGUCCUUCUCCAUGAGCAGCAGCAGCGUCAACAGGGGCGGCCGGUUCGGGAGCGGGGUAACGGAGGAAGUCAAGGUGCUCCCCAGGCCCCCCAGGAGGCCUGUGCGGGCGGUCAGGCCCGUCAGCGCCAUCAACGCCAACGGUUCGUUCCUCCAGAUCAACCACCUGCAGGGAGAGCUGGUCAGAAAGAGGAAGGAAUGCGAGGACCUGAGGAAAGAAAACAAGUACCUCUCGAACGAGAUCCACAUGGAGCGGAUCGUGCUGCGCACAGAGAGUGAGCUGACCAUGAGGAACCUCAGGAGCCUGAACCAGGAGCUGCAGGCCCAGGUCAAAGAGCUGAAUCAGAAGCUGUAUCAGAGCCAGCAGAGGGCGACCUUGUGCUCCCACGCCGCAGGCGACGCAGAGGAGUCCAGGGCGGCGGCGGAGAAGGGCAGGGCCCUGGCUGAGGCGCGGGCCCUCGCAUGUCAGCGGGACCGAGACGCCGCCGAGGCCGACAGGGGCCGCCUGAGCGAGGAAAUGCGGCAGUUGAAAAAAGACCACACCGAUCUACAGCUUCUGCUGGCACAAACAGAGAGGAACUAUUUUGAAACCCAGCUGAAGUUGGACCGGGCGUCUGGGGAGAAACAGGCCCUGCUGCAGGACAACGGCAGCCUGAAGGGAGACAGGGACGACCUCCGACACCAGCUGAGACAGGUCACGCAAGAGAAUGUCCAAGUUAAAGAGAGUGAGAGCAGCUCGCGGCGCCGAGCGAUGGCCUCCGAGGAGGAGAGCAAAAAGGCCCACCAGGCUCAGCGGGAGGCCGAGGCCGAGCGGCGUCUGGCAGAGAAGGAGAGGCAGGAGAGGACGUCCGAGUGCCUGAGCUGGAGGGAGAGGCACCAGGAGCUGGCCGACAGGUUCAGGGCGCAGGAGGAGCUGACGGCUCUGAGGCAGAACAAAGCCUGUCAAGCCAACAUCAAGAGCUAUUUCCUCUGCAUGACAGAGAGCGAUCAGAGGGUUAGGAUUCUUAAAAAUCAAGACGGCACCCCGAGGAAUUUUACGGAGGGAGACCCUGUGUACAUCUCCACUCCUGAGUCCGGUCCAGAGGAGCCUGAGAGGAGCUCAUCCAGGACCAUGCUCAGGGUCUCGGCCCCACACACAGGGAGGGAUCCGGGUCCGGGUCACUUUGACGAGCUGCCCGCCCUCGGAGGGGAGCGGCCCGACUCGGCACCGGCGCGCAGAAGCAGGAAAGUGGUGGAAUACUUCUGGAUCCCGACGGACCAAGAGUGAUCAGCGACUACCGUGAGUCGAGCAUCUCCGCCACUUCAGCAAGGCAUCGGUGGUUCAGCUGUUCACCGACUGGGGGUCCACUCCGGUGUGAGACUCAUGCAAAGUUCAGAUAUUCAAAAAGGAAAAAUGGUGUAAAUAAAAGUGAAAAUUACAGUUGGUGCUCAUGAACUGGACUUUAUUGACAUUAAAGCAAUAGAGGUGCACAAUAAAUAUGAUCCAAAUCCAUUGCCUUGCACAUAAACCUGGCUGGGUGAGGUUCUUUUUCCUUUUUUAGCUCUUGGGGCGUUGGGAGAGUUACAGCAAGUGUAAAAAGUUUGUUUCUA